AUGUUGUAUUAUAUGAAUGAAUUUCUAUCAAAUAAAUUUCAAGCUGACUUCGAUGUCUUGAAGGAACACCUUGACGAACUUCUCAACGGAAACCCUUCCCUCGUGAUGAAGCUGUACGAGUUUAUUUUGCUUAUAUCUGUCCAAGGAGACUCCCAAGAGAUUGUCUCAAAAUUUAUGCAGCUCGGGGAUGCCUCUCAAACCGUUAUUCAGAAAGUUAUUCAAUUCUAUGCAGAUGAUGAUGAUAGCAACACAUUCUCAGAAGUUGCUGUCUUAUCAAAGAAUUGGGGUUCGAGUUUAAAUACACCUAAAGAAGAAAGAGAAGAUGAAGGAGGACCGCUAGCUCAGCGGCUGCAGGCUCAGCUAGCUGCAGCAAAGCAGCAGCUAGCUGCU